AUGCACAUACAUACUUUUCCCCUGCUCCCUCCGUCGCACACGUCUGCACCACCAUGUAGUUCUUUGCACGUGCAUAAAUAUCUUUCUGCAACCUCCCCUCCCUCCCCUCUGCGGCCAGCGGCGGGGGGUGGCGGUGGUGUAUUUGCUCCGCUUCGUCUGGCGCCUCCUGCGCAGCGAGCCACAAAAAAAAAAAGUCACACAAACAAACAAACAAACACACUGAAAUGUUUCGCUCUUUUUUUUUUCCUUCGUUCUUUUUUGUUCUUGUUUUAUGUUUCGCAGAGGAAGAUGCCCCGCGAAAUCAAGAACCUGAAGGAGUUCCUCGCCAUCUGCUCCCGCAAGGACGCCAGGUGUGUGAAGGUGAAGCACAACCCCGCCGUGACGAAGUUCAAGGUGCGCUGCAGCCGCUACCUCUACACCCUCGUCGUCACGGACAAGAAGAAGGCGGACAAGAUUGAGCGCUCCAUUCACCCCUCCGUGAAGAAGAUCACCGUCACGGCGCGCUCACACGCCAAGACAAACGCCGGCAGCAAGUAG